AUGGCAUGCAAAAAUGUAGUCAAACUGCUGGGGGCCGAUCAGCUCAUCUGUUGCUUUUGUAUGUUGUUUCUAGCAGAAGCAAUGCGUGCAAACCAACAGUUCAGAAGUGAUUCAACGUUGACGAGGCUGAAGAGAAUGGAAGCUUCAAUUAAAGCUGCAAGUUCAGGAGGAUUGGAAACCCUAGUGGGAAUGGGUGUCCCUGUGGUGGGCGAGGACAAAGUAUAUUUCAUGACAAUUGGCAUGGGAACACCACCAAUAAACAUACGCUCACAAAUUGACACGGGCAGCGAUCUAAUUUGGUUUGAUUGCACAGCCCUGCCCGCAGAUUCCUCCACUUUCAAAUCUGUCACCUGCCCAUCUUCCCUCUGCUCUAGCGUUCCCAAUUCCACCUGUGCACUAAACUGUCAAUACUCUCAUAAUUACACACACAGUCGGAGCAUGUUGGGCGAGUUAUUCUCCGAGAUGUUCAGCAUGACAAAUGGAAGCGGGGCCGUGCAUUCCUUUGGCGGAGUAGCGUUUGGGUGCAGCCAUGAGACCCAGGGAGAGAGCGAGGUGGGUGCCAACAGCGUGGUGUGGAACAACGACCUUGUCGGGAGAAACGCCGUGGUGGGGCUGGGGCAAGGGGAAUUAUCGCUCAUCUCACAGAUUGGCGAGUCUAAGUUUUCCUACUGUCUUGCCGAUGACUCCGAAGACUCCAAUAAGCUAGUUUACACGGCUCUCCUUUUUGGCAGUGCAGCCAACCUGAACGUCAUAGGAGUGCAAUCCACCAUGAUUAUAAAAAACCCAGCCCAGCCGAAGUUCAACAGCUACUAUUACCUCUCUGUGGAAGGAAUAAGCGUGGGGAACGUGUCUGUCAAUAUUCCACGAGGAACAUUUGAUAUACAAGCGAAUGGAAGUGGGGGAUUCAUCAUCGACUCUGCAACAGCGUACACACUGUUGCCACACACCGCCUUCGUUGCGGUAGCAUCUGUGUUGGAUUCUAUUUUGGGUUCUGCUUCUUUAUACCGGAGAAUCAACAGCUCUCGAGAUGGGUUUAGUCUAUAUGCUAUAAAGCACCUGAAUUUGGCGCACCUGGUGUGA